AUGACGGACGACGAGAACAGAGUCGAAAAAGUUGAGAACGAUCCUGCGGUAUGGACGGCGGUGAGAAGGGCCGUCACUGGCGAUACAGGAAUCAUGGCGCCUAAAACAUUUACCCUCAACAAUGGCGUAACCAUUCCCGCCAUCGGCUUCGGUACCUUCGCCAACGAGGGCGCCAAAGGCGAGACCUACACCGCCGUAACCUCCGCUCUUCAAACCGGCUACCGCCACCUCGACUGCGCCUGGUUCUACCAAAACGAAGCAGAGGUCGGAGAUGCUGUCGCCGAUUUCCUCUCCGCCAACCCUUCCAUCUCUCGAAAAGAUAUCUUCAUCUGCACCAAAGUCUGGAACCACCUGCACUCUCCCGAGGAUGUGGAGUGGUCCAUCAAGUCCUCCCUAGCCAAACUUCGAACAGAUUACAUCGACCUCUUCCUCGUCCACUGGCCCAUCGCGGCGGAAAAGAAUGAAAACUACAUGCCCGCUCUCAACGAGAAGGGACAGUACAUCAUCAACGAGCAAUUGACUGCCAACCCAGAACCCACAUGGCGCGCAAUGGAGAAGCUUUACACUUCCGGCCUCGCGAAAGCCAUCGGCGUGUCCAACUGGACUAUCCCAGGUCUCCAACAGCUCCUCUCCUUCGCCACUAUCCCUCCCGCCGUGAACCAAAUCGAAAUCCACCCUUUUCUACCCAACUCGGAAUUAGUCGACUUCUGCUUCGCUCACAAUAUCCUGCCCGCGGCGUACUCCCCUCUCGGAUCGCAAAACCAAGUCCCCUCCACGGGUGAGAAAGUCAACACGAACCCCACGCUAAAUGCGAUUGCGGAAAAAGGAGGUAAUACGCUCGCGCAGGUGUUGAUUGCGUGGGGUCUGCGGAGGGGGUAUGUGGUGCUGCCGAAGAGUAGCACGCCGAGUCGGAUUGAGAGCAAUUUCAAAGAGAUUGAGUUAAGUGAGGAGGACUUCGAGGCGGUGAAUGAGGUUGCGAAGGGACGCCAUACGAGGUUUGUGAAUAUGAAGGAUACGUUUGGGUAUGAUGUUUGGGCGGAUGAGGAGUAG